CACCACGAAAGUUGGGGCUCUCUGGAAAAGCUAGAGAGAGAGAGAGAGUGAGUGAGAGAUAAAGGUUGAGAGAGAUAGAGAGAGUUGGUUUUGAGACGUUACCGGACUUGGCAAAAUCACUGCUCAAUUUGGGAACUGUGUUGGCGUCCGCUCGAAUUAGGGUUUAAUUAUCUCAAAAUCACUCCUCAAUUUAGUGGAAUCUACAUCGAUUGGGCUCCCUCGAUCUGCUGUAGAAUGUUUUCGCCGCAGAAGUUGUGGCCGCUAACGCCUAGGACCGAGCCGGCCCAGAAGAACGGAUCCGUGUCUUCGGGCUUGAACACUAGCCCGCUGAGCCCGAGAAACGGCGAUGCUUCAGCCAAAGGGAAAGCUGUGGCUUUUGUUCUGGACGACCGCGAGCCGUUGACUGAGAAGGUCUCGAAGCUCGAGAAUGAGCUUUUUGAAUAUCAGUACAACAUGGGACUACUCUUGAUUGAAAAGAAGGACUGGAGUUUCAAGUAUGAGGAACUGAAACAAGCUUUGGCAGAUGUGACUGAUAAUCUAAAAAGAGAGCAAACGGCUCAUUUGAGUGCAAUGCUUGAAGUGGAGAAGCGGGAAGAGAACCUAAAAAAAGCUUUGGGUGUUGAAAAGCAGUGUGUGCUUGAUCUUGAGAAGUCUUUACGUGAGAUGCGAUCGGAACAUGCUGAAAUCAAGUUUAAUGCUGAUUCUAAAUUGGCGGAGGCCAAUGCAUUAGUCACAAGUGUUGAAGAGAAAUCUCUGGAGGUGGAAGCAAAAAUUCAUGCUGCUGAUGCUAAACUUGCUGGAGUUAGCAGGAAGAGCUCAGAAAUUGAGAGGAAAUUGCAUGAGUUGGAGGCUCAAGAAAAUUUACUCCGGAGAGAACGGUCUUUGUUUACCACAGAGCGUGAAGCUCAUGAUGCUGAUAUUUCUAAACAGCGAGAAGACUUGCGAGAAUGGGAACGGAAAUUACAGGAAACUGAGGAGCGACUGGCUGAUGGUAGACGAUUAUUGAACCAAAGAGAAGGAAGAGCAAAUGAACUUGAUACUACGCUGAAGGAAAAACAGAAUGACCUUGCAGAACUGAGGAAGAAGAUUGAGGUUGCCAAUUCAACUUUAAGGACCAAAGAAGAUGAUAUAAGUAGUAGACUAGCUAAUGUAGCUCUAAAGGAGAAGGAAGCUGAAGAUACUGAGAAGAGAUUGGAGGAAAAAGAGAAGAAUUUACUGGAAUUGGAAGAGAAAUUAAAAGCUAGAGAAGAGUCAGAGAUUCAGAAACUGUUGGACGAACAUAAGAGUAUCCUGGCUGAAAAGCUGAAGGAGUUUGAGUUGGAGAUGGAGCAGAAGAGACAGUUGAAUGAUGAACAGUUGAAAAACAAGGUAGUUGAAUUGGAGAAUAAGGAAGCUGAAAUUAAACAUAUGGAGGAGAAAGUGAAGAAGCGAGAAGUGGCAAUUGAAAAAAAAAUGGAAAAGGUGAGGGAGCGGGAAAUGGAUUUUGAUUCCAAAUCAAAAGCUUUGAAGGAAAGGGAAAAGACCCUUAAAGCGGAGGAGAAAAAUUUGGGGAAUGAAAGAAAACAACUGCUUGCUGAAAAGGAAGAAUUACUGAGUAUCAAGGCUGCACUUGAAAAUAUCAGGACUGACACUGAGAAACUACGGGUGAGGCUCAAUGAAGAAAGAGAACAACUGCAAGUAACUGAAGAUGAAAGAAAAGAACAUGCCCGCCUGCAAGUAGAGUUGAAAGAAGAGAUAGAAAAAUACAGAAUUCAAAGUGAGCAGCUUAUGAAGGAGGCUGAUGAUUUAAAGCAAGAAAAGGGUAAAUUUGAGAAAGAAUGGGAAGAGCUGGAUGAUAAAAGAGAGAAGAUAAAGCAGGAACAAGAUGAUAUUCUUGAGCAGAAAAGAUGUUUUGAAAAACUAAGACGGUCUGAAGAGGAAAGCCUACACAAUGAAAAGCUGGAAACAGAACAGUUUGUUCAGAGAGAAUUUGAAUCACUUAAAGUAGCAAAGGAUUCCUUUGCUGCUAGCAUGGAGCAAGAAAAGUCAAUGUUGGCUGAAAAACUUGAAAAUGAAAAAAGUAAACUUGUUCGUGAUAUUGAAAUGCAGAAACAAGAAUUUGAGGCCAAAAUGCGAUUGAGGCAAGAAGAGAUGGAGAAUUCUUUGAAUGAGAGGGAAAAGUCUUUUGAGCAAGAGAAGGAUGUGCAACUUAGCAAUAUUAAUUACUUGAGAGAAGUGGCAAAAAGAGAAAUGGAAGAGAUGAAAUUGGAAAGAGAGAGGAUAGAGAAAGAAAAAUCAGAAAUCUCACAGAAUAAGCAACAUGUCGAGGCACAACAAAGUGAGAUGAAAAAUGAUAUUGAAGAGUUGGUUAGUCUAAGCAAGAAAUUGAAGGACCAGAGAGAACAAUUCAUCAAAGAAAGAGAACGCUUCAUUGCGUUUGCCGAAAAGCAGAAGAACUGCAAUGACUGUGGAGAGACAAUUCGGGAAUUUGUUCUCUCUGAUCUUCAUUUUGAGGCUCCUCCCCUGCCCAGUGUAGCAGAUGCAUAUUUGAAGAAGGCAGCUGAAGGCACUUCUGGGAGGAAUGAUGCUGGAUCAUCCCCUUUUGUAUUUACUGCAGGAUCUCCCUCUGCUGCUGAGGCUGUAUCUUGGCUCCGGAAAUGCACCUCAAGGAUUUUUAAAUUUUCACCCGGAAAGAAACUUGAAAUGGAUGAUGCACAGGGUCCUGAAGGGUCCCUUUCUCUUCCCAUGAGGCAGGCUUUGGAUUCAUCAAAAGCAUUACCUAGUGCUGAACAGGAGCAAAAUCAAUUCUCUCAACUUGCAAAUGAUUCUGUUGAUGUUGAAAUAAUUGAAUCAGAAAAUGCCAUCAGGGAGGUUGAAACUUCCCAAGCUCUCUCAGUUCAUCAAGAUCCAUCAGAUGUCCCAGAAAAUUCUCAGAAUAGUGAUCUGAAGUUACGCCGCCGCGGUAGGCCUAGAGGUAGCAGAACAAGAGCAGUGAAAGAUGUUGAUGAUGUGGAGAAGUCAGUUCAUACAAACAAUGAAAUACAAGCAGAAUCUGAUCAGGUUGUAACAGCCAAAAAAAGAAAGCUAAACCCCCUUGAUGGAUCACAAGCAACAGUGAGUGAGAGUCAAACUGAAGGUCAUUCGGAGAGCAUAAAGGAUGGUGAUCGACCUAGGAGGCGACAAAGGGUUGCUGGGGAACUCGCGGGUGACCAAACCCCUGGCCAGAAACGGUACAAUCUCCGGCAAUCAAAAAGGUCAGUGGGAAAAGUGACUAAUGGAUCCUUACCUCAAUUGAGAAAGGGCAAGGAAAAGGCAGCUGAUCAACAGUCUGCCUUAAACGCUAAUCCAUCUGAAAAUGCUGAGACUCCUGGAGCUGGUGACGAGCUUGUGAGAAGCACUGCUGCUGCAAGCGAGUUUUCUGCUGACAGUCCUGCACAGUUUAAAAAUGCUGGGCGCAUCAAUGGUGGGCAUGUUGACACAGCUCUGAGCGAGGAGGUUUCCGAAACAGCAGGAGAGAGAGAGUACAAUGGUGAAGAAGAGUUCAGAAGUGAGACGCGCGAGGAAGAUGAUAAUGACGGGGAUGGUGAUGAGGUUGAUCAUCCUGGUCAAGCAUCCAUUGGAAAGAAGCUCUGGACCUUCCUCACCACGUAAAAUACAUGUUACAUCUUAAUUGUAAUAACCAUUUUAGCAUCACUCCAACUCCCCCCAGAAACUUGUUCUAGUUAGUUGUGUGUAUUGAUUAGUUUGGAAAUACCGGUCAUAAACUCGGGUUGCAGGAGUUAAAUAGAUUCCUUCAUCUUGCCCACACGGAAGUUGGGGUUGUUAGUGUCUGCAAUCUCUACGUAGAUAUGUAGCUACUGCAUUUGGUUUCUUCGUUUUCGGCCCUCCCUUUUGCUGAUGUGUAUUCUAGAGCUUUGAUCAUUAUUGGAUUUUCAUUUAUAUUUAUAAUCAAUGGUUUUAUUA